AAGUCCAUGAUCAAUUAAUUGAAAGCAUAUUUAAUUCUGAAAAUCAAAAAAUACAAAUAUUAGGAAUAGAAUUCAAAGAUCCUGAAAUAUUAAAAGCACAAGAAGAAGUAGAUAACUUCACCAAACUCUUCAAACUAAAAGAAGAAGAGGAUAAAAAGGGCAAAAAGAAAAAAUCUAAAAGCUUAACAUCAUCAAACGAACAAGCUAAAAGUAACAAAAUAUUACAGCAAGAAGAAGAGUCAAAAGAUCUAAAACUAGUACUGAGAAUCCAACAAUUAAAACAAAGGCUUAACAAUAUGGAAAAACAUUAUAAAUACGUCUCACAAUUAUCAGAAGAACAAACUGAUGAACAUCUCAAAGAAAUAGAAAAAAUAACAAAAGCAAAGUUACAUAAAGCGAAAAAGGCUAAAACAAGAAAAGAAUAUCUAUAUCAGGCAAUACAAGCAUUAACUGAAACCAAUAAUGCAAUACUAUGGAAAAAUAGAGAUAUAGUAGAUGAGAUAGAAGAAGCCUAUGCAACAGAUUUAGGACCAACAUUAAACAUAAAUAUAGAAGACUUCAAUCAAUUAUAUGAUUAUGAGAGGCAACCUAUAAUGCAAAAAUUAUUAGAAUCAAUAGAAUUCUGUCAUUAUGAACCAACUAGAAUUCAAAUACAAAACAAAUAUCGAGAAUUACUGGGACAACAAAUAAGAACUAAACCAAAACCAAUAAUAUUUCUACCAAAAAAACCAUAUCAUGAUCUAUAUAAACCAAAUGAUGAUAGACCAAGAACACCACCUCCAAAAAUAAUAAUAGAGUCAGAAACAACACAAAACUGGGUAUAUGAACAAGAUAAACCCAAUAUACCAAAAUACCAACACCAAGACCAAGCUCACCAAGCUCACCACCAAACUCACCAAUAG